UUAUUUAUAACCUCGCAACAAUCGAGAUCGAAAGCCGAAGCCAAUAAGAAGAGCAUGAGCAGCAGCCACGAUGCUGGUUUCAACUACCCUUCUGGUGUCCAGUUACCCUUCAUCCUCCGAAAGAAACUAGAGGAGCAGGAAGCCAACAGGCAAGCCGAGGCGCCAGCAGAAGAGAGUCAACAGGAAGGCCUUAAGUUCUUCACAGCUGUGGCAUGUGACGAUUCCGAUGAGGGAGAAUCGGAUGACGAUGAAUUGCCUACAGAGAACGACGCAUUGACCGCCACGGACCUCGAAUCCAGGCUCUGGAGGGCGUCUGUAGCUUUGGUGGAAAUCCAAAAACAAAUUCAUCGAGGUGAAGAAACCUACUAUGAAGAUACUUUUGGACAUGGGAAUCUCUUCAAGGGUUGGGAGGGGUUUCUGGACGCCAAAGAUGUUGGCACAGCCUCUUCCUCCAAGCCACCAAGGGAUUCACGUUGGUUCAGCAGCAGCUCCUCGAUUUCCAGAACAGCAAGACCUCCAUCAAUCAACACGCAGUUACCAAUUCUGACGACACACAAAAUCAAAACACCAUCCAGUGUUUCCUCUGCUGCUUUGCCGUCAACUGCUUCCUCUUCCAUCCCAUCACAAACACAACAAAUACGUCCACCGUCUACAACUUCAGUUGCUUCUGUUUCUUCCACUGCAUCACCUACUAAUGCUACCAACGUGUUGCCGAAAGUCACGGCUGAUAAUACAGCCAUCAAACCGGUGGCACCAACAGCAGCAGCAAGCCCUUCCAAUCAAUCUGCAGCAUCCCUCACAAAAACAACCAAUCCGGCAGUGCCGACGGGUACAAGCACCAAAAUUCCAACUGCUGCUCCUACCAAACCGGAAGCAGGUACUGUCGUGACAGCCAACAACUCGCAACAAACUGCACAGGCGCAAAAGCCAAAGGAAUCUACGGAGACUUUUAAGAUUCCCAAGAAGAAAAAGAGCGGAGACUCUACUACACCAGUGGCUGCUCUCAAACCCGUAUCUACAGGCACUCAAUCUACAGAUGCCAAAACAUCCGGUGAACAACAAAUAGGUACCAAGGCUAGGAAACGCAAGGCAGGAGAAUAAUUAACAAACCAAUAAAAUUUUGCACCUGGCCAUGGCCACAUCAUAUGAAGUGGGUGCUAGUGUCAGUUUGCUGCCGUCAUGGAAGCUGCUAGAUUCCGAGUCGUCAGUUCGAAUAGGCCGCAUAAUAGUAUGUUAGUACAUGUAGCUAGCUGAAGUUUCCUUAGACA